AGGGACAACUACAACAAGUGACAAUUGAUUGAUUCUUAAAUUACUUUUAUCAAAUUCUGCAAUCACCUUUCAUUGUUUUGGCAUCCCUUUCCAUUUUUAGUAACUCCAUCUUUCUAAGACUCUUCUCCUCCUCCAAUAUCUUAUCACAAAUCAAAAUAACAAAAAAAAAAAAAUUAAAAAAAAAUUGCACAAUAAAAAGUUAACUUGACCUUCUAGGGUUUGAGUAUUUAAGAUCUCAAAAAAAAAAAAAAAAAAGUUAUGGCUCGUGGUAAGAUCCAGAUCAAGAAAAUAGAAAACCAAACAAAUAGACAAGUGACUUAUUCAAAGAGAAGAAAUGGGCUAUUCAAGAAGGCUAAUGAACUUACUGUUCUUUGUGAUGCUAAAGUUUCAAUUGUAAUGAUUUCUAGUACUGGAAAACUUCAUGAGUUUAUAAGUCCCUCUAUCACGACCAAACAAUUGUUCGAUCUGUACCAGAAGACUAUUGGAGUUGAUAUUUGGACUACUCACUAUGAGAAAAUGCAAGAGCAGCUAAGGAAGCUAAAGGAUGUUAAUAGGAAUCUACGAAAAGAGAUCAGACAGAGGAUGGGAGAAAGCCUAAAUGAUCUGAACUAUGAACAGUUGGAAGAACUCAUGGAAAAUGUGGACAAUUCUCUGAAGCUUAUUCGUGAAAGAAAGUUUAAGGUGAUUGGCAAUCAGAUUGAAACUUACAGGAAAAAGGUUAGGAAUGUGGAAGAAAUAAAUAGAAAUCUCCUACUUGAAUUUGAUGCAAGACAAGAGGAUCCAUAUGGUGGAUUAGUUGAGCAUGAUGGAGACUACAAUUCCGUGCUUGGAUUUCCAACUGGAGGGCCUCGUAUAUUAGACUUACGCCUUCAACCAAACAACAAUUAUCAUAAUCAUCUUCACAGUGGAGGUGGCUCUGAUAUUACUACUUUUGCUCUAGGUUGAGUAGUAAUUUUCACCUUAUUGUAAUAUUGUCAUAUUUUCUAAAUAAUCACAUGCAAUGUUUGUUCACUAGACAUGCAUGAGAGUACUGACUCUUUAGACUAUUCUCCUACUUUUGCUUAAUUCAGUGUGUUAAAACCUAAAAAAAGAAAAACUAUAAGGAUGUCAAAACUCUAUUGUUUUUGGAUUGAAGUGUUGUGUAUCUUCUAAUGUUUAAUGUAAUGUUUUAGUACUAUCUUAUAUAUAUAAAGAUCAUGUGGAAGUAUGGAAA